AUGUGUGACAUGGGGGGACUGGAUAACCUGGUGGCCAACACGGCCUACCUGAAAGCCCAGGGUGGUGAUGACAAGGAGAUGAAAAAGCGACGCCGCAGCUUGGCUCUCCCCAAGCCUGAACAGUGUGCUGUCGUACGAGCUUCCCUUGAAAAGGAUUUUACAUCGGUUUGUGAAAGGCAGCCGAUUGGCAAAAAGUUUUUCCGUGACUUCCUGGCAAAUAACCCUGAGUUUAAGCUUGCUGCUGAUUUCCUUGAUGAGCUGUAUGAUUGGGAUCUGGCUGAAGGUGCAAUAAAAGACAAGGCACGGAAAACCAUGAUGACCAACUAUUGCAAGGAGGACUCCAAGAAAUUCCUGUCCUUUCUUACUGGGGAGGCUCUUGAUACAUGCAAGACUGUGACAGAAGCCAACUUUGAUGAGGUGAUGAAAGGCAAAAUCCAGGAAGGUGUAAGAGAAUUUCUGAAAGACGUACCCUUCUCAGAUUAUCAGGCCAGCCAAUUCUUUGAUAAAUUCCUCCAGUGGAAAGAGUAUGAGAAACAGACCAUCACUGACAAAUACUUCUAUGAGUUCAGAACUCUUGGCAAAGGAGGCUUUGGAGAGGUGUGCGCUGUUCAGGUGAAGAACACAGGCCAGAUGUACGCCUGCAAGAAGCUGUGUAAAAAGCGACUGAAGAAGAAGGGUGGUGAAAAGAUGGCCCUGUUGGAGAAGAAGAUCUUGGAGAAGGUUAACAGCCUGUUUCUGGUCAACUUGGGCUACGCUUAUGACACAAAGACCCACCUGUGCCUUGUGAUGACCCUGAUGAAUGGAGGAGACCUCAGGUACCACAUUUACAACAUAGGCUAUGAUGGCAAGGGUGCGGACAAAGGCAUUGAGAUGAAGCGCAUCAUCCACUACACAGCGCAGAUCACCACGGGGAUUCUGCACCUGCACGAAAUGAAUAUCGUGUACCGUGACAUGAAGCCGGAGAACGUGUUGCUGGACAGCCUAGGCCAGUGCCGUCUUUCAGAUUUGGGUCUGGCCAUAGAGCUUGUUCCAGAGAAGCAUGUCACCCAGAUGGCUGGUACUGGAGCAUACAUGGCCCCUGAGCUCCUGACCAAAACUCCAUACAGGACAUCAGUUGACUGGUGGGCUCUGGGCUGCAGUAUCUACGAGAUGGUGGCCGGCUACACACCUUUCAAAGGCCCUGAGAGCAAGAAGGAGAAGGUGGAGAAGGAGGAGGUACAGCGCCGCAUUAUCAACGAGGAACCAAAGUGGGAGCACAAGUGCUUUGAUGCUGCCACGAAGGAAAUCAUCCAGCAGUUCCUCAAGAAGAAAAUUGAGGAGCGCCUGGGCAUGAAGGACAACAUGGACGAUCCCAGGAAACACAGUUGGUUCCAGAAAAUCAACUUUCCCCGUCUGGAGGCCGGGCUGGUGGAUCCUCCAUGGGUCCCCAAGCCCAACGUCGUGUACGCCAAGGACACCGACGACAUCGCCGAGUUCUCAGAGAUCAAGGGCAUUGAGUUUGAUGCCAAUGACAAUAAAUACUUCAAGGAGUUUAGCACAGGUGCUGUACCCAUUCAGUGGCAGCAGGAGAUGAUUGAGACUGGACUGUUUGACGAGCUCAACGAUCCCAACAGGAAAGAGGGUAGUGGAGGAGAUGAUGGCGAUAAAAAGUCUGGCACGUGUAUAUUGCUGUGAGAAGUCACAUGUUUGAUAUCAUUUACCAGUAAUAAUUCUCAAUAAAUUGUUUUCGCAGUCAGAUGCACACCAAUAUUGAUGUAAAAGAUGGAGCAUGAGCAUGUUUGAUGAGAAAGAUUUACCAUUUUCUCUUUUAAGGAUGCUCAAGGUGAUGCACUGCUUUCAAGGCACGGUUCGGUAAAAUAUGGAGGAUGUGAUGAUGUAUUUUGAGCAUCAUCUCGCUGGUUCCCAGCUUCUCUUGGAAAUAUCUAAUGAUCUAGACUUGCAACCAUGUUGACUGCUAGGAGUCAUUUUUACAACCUUUUCAUGAAGGACAUUGGUGUUAGAUUAGCAAGUUAAAGGCCUUUGUGCCAUAAAUACUAUAAUUAGAGGAAACUGUCUAAAUCCAAACUGUAAGAGAAAUACAUUUUUUAACAGUGUUUGCAGUAGAAUUACCCGCUGAAGUAAUGCUGUUGCAUUGAAUAUAAAGCUUUAAACAAACUGGAAGAAACAUGGAGAAAUGUAUUUUAGUAUCUUUUAGUUGAUAGUGUAAAAGUAACAGCAUUGCAUAGCACUCCCCCACCCUCCUUUGCGCUUUAUUGAUGCCAUCAUACAGUCACACGGUUUCUUCAGUGAAACAUGCUUUUUAAGCACAUGUGUCAGAGAUAGUUUUAGUGUUUAAUAUUAUAUUUUGUGAUCCUAAACCUCUUUAUUCAGGAUGAUCACUGCAUUUACAUCCACGUGGUUACUUCCUGACCGUCAUUUCAGUUUUAUAAAAAGCAAUUGUAUGUAUUGUAUAUAAAGAAAUACAGCUAUUUAUCUAUGCACAGAGAGAAAGGCAAAUAUCUAAGCAUCUAAAAUUUUGGAUUUAUUUAAAAAGAACAUUAUACUGAACACCAUCUCCACUGAGUCCCUCUACUGUUGGUGCUAUACUGUUCAUCCCUGGGAUGCAGAGAGAAAGAUGAGUGCAGAAACAGCAGUCCACUGCUGCAUAUGAAGGAGGAACAUUUUGAGGAGUUGGACAAUAAAUUCCUGUACCAGGAAUGUGCAGAUUGUUCUGUCCACGGCCCUGAAACACUGUGAUAUACUUCAGGGAGCUUUUCUUAGUUUGAGAUGAGUGUGAAUCGCUCAAACUAGACAGAUCCCGAAAAAGAGUCCACUGUUGUGGUCAUUAAGCUGAGUAUAUAGAGACUUGGGUUAGUUCUAAAGAAAAUCCUUGUAAUUCUUGUUUACUUGUCUCAGGGUAAUUACUUG